ACGGUUACGUGUGUUCGACGUGUUUACGUUGUAUCGUUUUUAUAAAAUCGUACGAGAUGCCGGAUUUUAAAGAACAGUACAAAAAUCCUCGUCUAGGAUUCGGCGACACGAAUCACAGAAGAUAUCUGCGUGCUUGUAACUACGAUAAAUCUCGUAGGGAAGCCAGAACACGGACUUUCGACAAACAUCGCAACCUGCAAAACGAUUCAUCGCCAACAAGCGUGCAACACGAGGUCACAUCUGCCAUUGCUGAUGAACGUAUGAAAAAAUUAAUAAAAUGGAGAGAGGAACGUAACAGAAAAAAGAAGCUGGAAGCUACAAUGAAAAAACCAGCUUUCAAAGUUGGUGUUGUUCAUCAUUCCUUAUGUUCUCCAAUGAUCAAAAGUGGCACAAUUGCAAAAACAUCAAACAAAAUAGAAAAUUCGAACUAUAUCAAAAAACGAAUUACAAGAGCUACGGAAAAACGAUUGAUUGCUAAAGCAGCUGCUCAACAAAUGGUAAAGGAUUCAACUUCGGUGAUAAAACAUCCCUUUAAAACCAUGACUUCUUGUACCAAAAAAUCAUUUGCCCCUGUUGAUUAUUGUUUUAAACCUCCAUCUGGUUUGCAGAAGAUGCCUCUAUUUGGUCUUGUACCAAUGAAAGGAACGCCACAAGAGAAAUAUCCAUCAUUACAAACACAAACUUCUAAUAUUACAGAGAUUUUUAAAACUCCUACGCCCAAGUUAUCAUUAAAUAAACAAAAGUCGUCACAGAAAUUAAGUGAAUCGAUUGUUCGAGAUCCGGACGAAUUAAAUACAAUUGAAGCAAUAGGAGUAUCAUUAAAAGAACAGACAGAGAAUCAAACAGAUUCCUUACACGAAAAAAAUUCUUCAUCAAGCAGUACUGAUACAAAAAUACCAUCAAAGAUUACUUCAACAUCUUUUGAGAAAGAAAAUUGUGAUAUGGAAGAUCUUAUUUGCUUUUCGCCAUAUCUGACACGAACCCGUGGCAAGAGAAACUCUAGAAUAGAGGGACAACAACGGUUGGGUAUUGGUCGUCGAUCUGAUGAAAUUCCAACCAAAGAUACUGUUAUGAAAAAUUUAAACAUAUGUGUGGAAGAGGAGGAACGUACUGCUCAGUAUUUCAUGCUUAUUGUGAAUAAAGAAACUGAUAGACUUAAGGAACUCUGUAAGAAAUGGUUGGAUAUUGGAGUAGAAAAAGAUGUCCCAGAAGAUGCUGUGUAUGAAAUACAACAAGCGGUAGGACAAACAAAUUUAUUAAUAAAUAAAAAAUUUGAAAGAUUUCGUGGCUUAGUACAAGAUUGCGAAACUGGUAAAGGAGAAAUGCUGGUUACAUGCAAAGAUUUGCAAGGAUUUUGGGAUAUGACGUACAUGGAAGUCAAGGAUUGUGACAUGCGAUUUGAAAAAUUACAGCAACGUCAAAAUAGAGGAUGGCAGGAAGAGGAAUACAUUAUUGUCAAGCCUGCUGUUAAAAAACGAAUGGCUAUUAAAAAACGAAUUGUAUCAUCAAAACCAAGUUCAUUACGAUCGUUAAUCCUAGCUGCCAGAAAAAACAUGGAAGAAGGAAUAUUAAAUAAAGACAUUAUUUUGUCGCAAGAUACACAUUUAAGUGAAAAACCAAGUAAUAGAAAAUCUUUUACUGAACUUCGUGAUGAAAAUACCAAUAUUCGACGUAGUAUAAAUAGAUCCCAUGAUCUUAAUGAAAAAAAAUCAACUCCUACUCGACGUGAAAGCUCUACUAGAGUAAGUUCGAUACAGAAAGUGCAAUUUUCUGACAAAAUUAAAAGAAUGAAAAGUCCAUUUGCAGCUAUGAAAAUAAGUCAAAUGUGUAAGACACCCGAAGUUGAAUUAGAUGACACAAUAUCGUAUGUUAAUUCUGAUCAAACGCCGGGCAAAAGCAUAUUAAAGAAAUCAGAAGAAUUAGAAAAUAAGGAAGCACGCAUAAAAUCUGCGCAUAAAGUCAAUUUUGAUGAUCAAGUAUUUCUUAAUAACAUCCCUCUUAAUGAAGAACAAACUAAAUUAAGUUUAGCUGCUGCAUUAACUAGAGUAGAUAGUUUAGAUAAAAUAGAUACAUUAAUAUCACCACCCAUUAAUGUCGAAAAACGAUUAGACUUUGAAGAUUCUGAUAGUAACGAUGAUCUGAACAAAUUAGAAAUUAAAAUAAAAACAAGAAAACAAAAUAAAUCUAAAUCAUCUAUUCAAAAUACUUUAAAUACUAUUGAGCAUCUAUUUAAUGACAUACCUUCAGUAUCCAUUAAAGAAUUAUCAUCAAUAACAGAUAACAAUGAGAAGAUUGUGUCAUCUAGAAAAAGCCUAAGAAAGCGAGUUCAACAUAAGGACAUACCAAAUAGGAAAAGUGUAGAUACUUUAUUUUCUUCUUCAACAUCAGUUAACAGAGAUGACAAAAUGGCCACUACUACUGAAAUAAUUUCAAAAGACAUGGAAGAUGUAGAUUUAGGAAUGAAAGUACUUAGAAAUAGAACUAUCCUGGCAAAUAAUACUCCUAAAAGUAAUAGAAGUAGUAAAAUGAUGACGCCGAAAAAGACAAAUAUUGACAAAGAAGAAAAUAGUCCGGUGAAAUUAACUAGAAAAAGCUCAUUAAAAUUACUGAAAAAAAACAAAGAUGAACAUAUGACACUAAAUACAAACGAUACAAUGCAGAUAGAAAAUGUAACAUUGAUAGGCAAUACUUCUAAGAAGAGAUCACUCCGAAAUGUUGCAUUUGAUGAAACUUGUGUGGCAUGUGCCGAAAAUAAACCAGUAUUACCUAUGACUCCUUAUUCAAAACGUCGUAGCAAGACCCCCUCAAGACACUCCCUCAAGAAUCGGAACAAAUCGAUUGAUACAUUUGAUGAAGAUCUUAUAUCAUGGGACACACCAGACAAAAAAUAUCGUCAUCGCAGGGUUACUAGAUCAUCUUAUUCAGAUAAUUUGUAA